AUGAGGCCGUCUGCUGGCCCUGUUCCUGAAGUGUACAUGGCAGAGCCCCAGCUCCUGGAGUCAUACCCGCACUCGCUGCGCUAUUUCUCCACGGGGGUGUCGGAGCCCGGCCCGGGGCUGCCCCCGUUCAAAGAGGCCGGGUACGUGGACGAUCAGCUCAUCUACCGCUACGACAGCGAUCGGGGGAGCGCGGAGCCCGGCGCGGAGUGGAUGGCGCGGAGCGAGGGGCCGGAGUACUGGGAGGAGGAGACGCGGAGAUCACAGGGCUCGCAGGCCAUGUUCCGAGAGAACCUGAACACCCUGCGUGAGCGCUACAACCAGACCGGGG